GCCGGUCAGACGCUUUAAUCGGCACAGCUUCAGACAGAGACAAAGUGCUCGGAGCAGAUGUCUUGUUGUCUUAGAGAUAUUUCUGAAGCUACACAUGCCGUACUAUGAGUGUGAGAUGAAAGUGAUAUCCAUAUGUGGUCUGCGUGUAACUUCCUGGUUAGGAAAGAUAGAAAACGAAUUUAUGUGUUUAGAUUGAAAAAGAAAACACGUGAAUCGUGUAUAUACGUAUAUAACGAACCGAACGGUGGGAUAACAUAAAUUAUUAUUAACGUACGCGAGGUGUGAAAGAAAUCGCAGAUAAAAUGCUGAUGCUCUUUGUUUCGGAUUGUCCGACCAGGUGUUGAAUAAUGAGUUCAAUAAACAUGGUCUGAUUUCAUCGAAAAGCGAGCGAGGGUGAAGCGUGUGAAUUCACGAGCGAGGAGAUUGAGAACAGAAAUGAUCGCUGUCUGUUUGGAAAAUAUUUAUUUGUUCUACGCACUCGCUCAACACGAUGAAAAAUGGAAUGAAAAAUCGGGUGAAAAGACGAAUUAAUGAAAUUUUAUACCCGCUCGUUGAUCUCGGUAAGGUGACCGCCAAUAAGCGGUUGUCGCUAAAAAUAAGUGUGUGCUGCUCCAGAUGUGAUAUUUCAACAGUUUAACAGCAAGCUCAGUUGGACAGUAAUAAGACUACGGAUUAAUCUAUCCCCGAGGUGUAAUGACAGAAUAAAACGUUACAUACAGUAACGAAUUUUCAUGAACCAAAGUGAGGUUUGCAUCAACUAAAGUGAAAUGGAGUGGGAUUACAGGAACGGUACGAACGGGAUUACCAUCGCAGACUCCGGCAGUGGCACAACUGCGACAACAACGUCUAGGUUAGAUGUGAUCCCGCCAGCACUAUCACCACCUGCUGCCGGGCUGACAUUUCCUUCGGAUUUGCUCACGUUGAUUCGCCAGACAGCCACCGUUUCCGCCUCCAACAACUUGUCCUAUCUUUUGAGUAAUUUCACGAAAGCGCUAACAUCGACAUCUACAGAUUUCAAUAUAUCACGACGAUUUCCGCCCUAUCCGUUCUUUCCCUUCUACAACGAUUCGGCAUUUGAUUCCUGCCCUUCUAUUCAGAUGCCAAUAGGGAAUCUGAUCUCUAUGAUCCUUUAUGCCGUCGUUGCAAUCGUGGGUCUGUUCGGAAACACAUUGGUAAUUUAUGUGGUGUUGCGAUUCUCCAAGAUGCAAACCGUAACCAACAUGUACAUCCUGAACCUUGCAAUUGCGGAUCAGUGCUUUCUGAUUGGCAUCCCAUUCCUCAUUACAACGAUGCACCUGGGCGAGUGGACCUUUGGAAAUGGAAUGUGUAAAGCGUAUAUGGUAUCCACCUCGAUUACGCAGUUCACGUCGUCUAUAUUUCUCUUCAUCAUGUCUGCCGAUCGGUACAUUGCGGUCUGCCACCCAAUUUCAUCACCACGCUUUCGAACACCAUUAGUGUCAAAAAUAGUAUCGUUUUUCGCCUGGACAAUGUCGGCUCUGAUUAUGCUGCCAGUGAUGCUUUACGCCAACACUAUUCAACGCGACAAGGGAAAGCUCUCGUGUAACAUUGUGUGGCCAUCGGAAAACGCCGGUAACUCUGGAACCACCUUCACCUUGUACUCGUUGUUUCUUGGAUUUGCGUUUCCUCUUUCACUAAUUCUGAUGUUCUACUAUCUUGUAAUAAAGAAGCUUCGAACCGUUGGCCCGAAAAAUAAAUCAAAGGAAAAGAAACGUUCGCAUCGCAAAGUUACCAAGCUUGUAUUGACGGUCAUUACGGUAUAUGUGCUCUGCUGGUUGCCGUACUGGAUAUCACAAGUAGCACUCAUACAUUCACCGCCGGAUAUCUGUAAAUCGCGACUAGAAAUCACCGUUUUCGUCUUGGUCAGCUGUCUCGGAUAUUCUAAUUCAGCCAUGAAUCCGAUUUUGUACGCCUUUCUAUCGGAUAACUUUAAAAAAAGUUUCUUGAAGGCUUGCACCUGCACCAAGGGUAAGGACAUUAACGCACAGUUGCAGAUAGAAAACAGCUUUUUUCCUCGCUUCGGGCGCAAUCGCGGUUCCGAGAGGGGCAAUUCGACUAAGAUUUUACCCGCUGGACGGCAAAAGGUUGCCGAUCAGAACAACCCCAAUGACACCGUCAACAACUACACAAACGUAAACGGAAACAAUACCGGUAGUGGCAGCGGGGCCAGUGGCGCUGGUGUCAUCACAGGAGGUCUAACCAGCAAUGGAAAUAACGGAAACAACGGAAACACAACUACGACGACCACGGGAACGGCCAACGCAGUGCCGAUUGCAAGCAAAGUCUUCGAUGCCAGUGCGAGACCCCCCGUGUUGCACACCGAUCUAUAAGCUGCACCGAGGAGUGUUGUUACUGCUGUGAGUUGAAGUAAAUAUAUGGAGCAGACUGGUGAUUUGUGCCCCGGUACCGUGCGUACUUUCGUAGAAUAAGUUUACUCAGAGAAACAAUAUCAACAUCGAACAAAUUAAAUUGUCAGCGCAGGUUACGGUACGUGGGCGUGUAAACGGCCAGCCAUGAUAGGUGAGCGUCAAACCGAAUCCUGCAACUGAAAUAUGAAAGUAAUCGUUUUUAAUCGCGUCACUUAAUUGGAAACGCGUAAAAAGUAAUUGCUUUUUGAAAGGCGGGAAGUGCAACGAUAGAGUUAUAUGAUUCACGGUGACUGCUGGGGACGAAAGUGAAACUGUGACUGACGUUAUUUCUACCCCAAGUUCAGAUUUUAGCAGAAUGGGGAAUUAGACUCUUUCAGUUUGAUGUGUAACCUUUUUAAGUUCUUCAGUUGUGAUGUAAUAAAUAUUCUGAAACAUUCAUUCAUUUCUUUCAUUAAAACCGUUUCAUGCUUACGUUUUUGUAUCAAUUUGAAAUAUUAUUAAAACAAUAAGUUCAAUUUCGCACUAUAAGCGUUACGGAAUUUAUGAACACCGCCUUUUCACAAAGAGAGAUAUGGUUUUGUUGUUGAAUUGUUGGUACAAUUUCGAUUGUGUAUAUGGUCGGCGUGCGAACAGACCGAACCAAGCGCCAUUUUUUUGAAAUUGAACUUUCAAUACCAGUUGAUGUCAAAAUUGAUUAUCUAUCUUUCACGAAUAAAGGAAAUAAUUUCAUCAGUUUAUAAUGGUAAUAAAACAAAAAUUUU